AUGGCCUCAAACACUUCCACAGCAGCCCCGAGCCGGCGGUACAAGCUCGUCUUCUUCGUCCCCGUCGCAGACUCAGCGGCCUGUAAGACCGCCGUCCUUGCUGCCGGCGCUGGUCAAUUCCCAAACUACUCCGAGGUCUGCUUCGAGACUCUCGGUACAAACCAGUUCCGCCCCGGCGAGGCCUCGACGCCCUAUAUCGGACAACCUGGCAGGCUUGAGGAGGUGGCCGAGGCCCGGAUAGAGACUGUCGUCACUGGCGAGGAGACGAUGAGGGACGUGGUUCGGGCGCUGAAGCAGACACAUCCAUACGAAGUGCCCGUAUAUGAGGUGUACAAGCUUGAGGACUUUUGA